CGUCUCUCUUCACAGCUCUCUAUUUUAAAGCUUGAAAAAUAAAAAAAUAAGAAUUCAGAAGCCGAUCUUUCUCUCUCUGGAAAACGCUUUCUCUCACUAGAACAGUGGACUUGGGAGGCCGGCCGUGUGGAUUAACUAUUACUGAUCCAGGACAGGUUUGAGAUUCAUUGAGCAAUUCAGCAAUGGAGACUUCGCAGCUGCAGAGAAGAGGAGGCCUGGUUUCGCUAUCCCCGUCACAGACUCCACGAUCAAGUGAUAAGUCUGCGAGAGAUCUGCGAUCUGGGGACUCCAAUUUUAGUAACAAGCACGAUAAGGAUAAGGGCGUCAAUGUGCAGGUUCUUCUGAGAUGCAGGCCAUUGAGUGAGGAUGAGCUGAGAGUGAAUACUCCGGUGGUGAUUUCAUGUCAUGAGAAUAGAAGAGAAGUUUGUGCAGUGCAGAAUAUUGCUAACAAGCAGAUUGAUAGAACUUUUAUGUUCGAUAAGGUCUUUGGUCCAACAUCCCAACAAAAGGACUUGUAUGAUCAAGCUGUGUCUCCAAUAGUAAAUGAAGUUCUUGAGGGCUAUAAUUGCACAAUAUUUGCCUAUGGUCAGACAGGGACAGGCAAAACAUAUACAAUGGAAGGAGGGGCAAGGAAAAAGAAUGGUGAAUUUCCAAAUGAUGCGGGUGUCAUACCGAGAGCUGUUCGGCAAAUUUUUGAUAUACUAGAAGCUCAAAAUGCCGAGUAUAGCAUGAAAGUUACAUUUUUAGAGCUGUACAAUGAGGAGAUAACAGAUCUUUUGGCCCCAGAAGAGUGUACAAAGUUCAUAGAUGACAAAACUAAGAAACCCAUAGCUCUCAUGGAAGAUGGAAAAGGUGGUGUUUUUGUUAGAGGCUUGGAAGAAGAGAUAGUUUGUACUGCUAAUGAAAUUUAUAAAAUUUUAGAGAAAGGUUCUGCUAAAAGGCGGACGGCAGAGACUCUACUUAACAAGCAAAGCAGUCGUUCACACUCAAUAUUUUCCAUCACUAUUCACAUUAAGGAGUGUACUCCAGAGGGGGAGGAGAUGAUUAAAUGUGGCAAGCUUAAUCUUGUUGACCUUGCUGGUUCUGAGAAUAUUUCACGGUCUGGUGCUAGAGAGGGCAGAGCAAGGGAAGCUGGGGAGAUAAAUAAAAGCUUGCUUACUCUUGGGCGUGUUAUUAAUGCACUGGUUGAGCACUCUGGUCAUGUUCCAUAUAGGGAUAGCAAAUUAACAAGGUUAUUGAGGGAUUCCUUGGGAGGGAAAACAAAAACAUGCAUAAUUGCCACAAUAUCGCCCUCCAUUCACUGCUUGGAAGAGACACUCAGCACUCUGGAUUAUGCACACCGUGCCAAAAAUAUCAAGAACAAGCCAGAGGUUAAUCAGAAGAUGAUGAAAUCUGCCCUAAUAAAAGAUUUGUAUUCUGAAAUUGAUCGGCUUAAGCAAGAGGUCUAUGCUGCAAGAGAGAAGAACGGUAUCUAUAUACCUCGAGAUCGUUAUCUUAAUGAAGAAGCAGAGAAAAAGGCAAUGGCUGAGAAAAUAGAGCGCAUGGAACUUCUAUCAGACUCCAAGGAUAAGCAACUGAUGGAGCUUCAGGAACUUUACAACUCUCAACAACUUUUGACUGGAGAAUUAAGCGAUAAACUUGAAAAAACUGAGAAAAAGCUCGAGGAGACUGAACAUACAUUGUUUGAUCUCGAAGAAAGACACAGACAGGCAAAUGCAACAAUUAAAGAAAAGGAGUAUCUGAUCUCUAAUCUCCUCAAAUCUGAGAAAGCACUUGUUGAGCGUGCAUUUGAGCUUCGAGCAGAGCUAGAGAAUGCUGCAUCAGAUGUAUCCAGCUUAUUUGCCAAAAUUGAGCGCAAGGAUAAAAUAGAGGAUGGAAAUAGAAUUAUUAUCCAGAAGUUCCAAUCCCAAUUAACUCAACAGCUUGAAGCAUUGCAUAAGACAGUGGCUGCUUCUACUACACAACAAGAGCAGCAACUGAAAGAUAUGGAGGAAGAUAUGCAGUCCUUUGUGUCCACAAAGGCUGAGGCCACUGAGGAACUUAGAGGUCGCCUAGCAAAGUUGAAAACCAUGUAUGGUUCUGGUAUCAAAGCAUUGGAUGAUAUUACUGGGGAGCUUGAUGGAAAUUCUCAUUCAACUUUUGGACACCUGAAUUCAGAAGUGGCUAAGCAUUCAACCGCCCUUGAGGAUCUCUUCAAAGGGAUUGCUUUAGAAGCUGAUGCAUUGCUUAAUGACCUUCAAAGUAGUCUUUACAAUCAGGAGGAGAAGCUAACUGCUUAUGCACAACAACAGCGUGAGGCACAUUCCCGAGCAGUGGAGACCACGCGGUCAAUUUCUAAAAUAACAGUGAACUUCUUCAAGACUCUGGAUGGGCAUGCAUCCAAAUUAACUGAAAUUGUGGAAGAAGCCCAAACAGUGAAUGACCAGAAAUUAUCUGAACUUGAAAAGAAGUUUGAGGAAUGUGCUGCCAACGAAGAAAGACAACUGUUAGAAAAAGUGGCAGAGCUUCUUGCCAGCUCUAAUGCAAGGAAGAAAAAUCUGGUUCAAAUGGCAGUGCAUGGCCUUCGGGAGAGUGCAGCCAGUAGAACUAGCAAACUGCAGCAAGAAAUGGCCACCAUGCAAGAAUCCACUUCUUCCGUUAAAACAGAAUGGACAGUUUACAUGGAUAAAACUGAAACCCACUAUCUGGAGGAUACUGCAGCAGUGGAAAACCAAAAGAAAGAUCUGGGGGAGGUUCUUCAAGACUGUUUGGAGAAGGCAAAAAUGGGUACACAACAAUGGAGGAAUGCUCAAGAAUCCUUGCUUAGUCUGGAAAACAGAAAUGUUGCUUCAGUGGAGUCCAUUGUUCGAGGUGGAAUGGAGGCCAAUCAAAACCUACGCACUCGGUUUUCUUCUGCUGUGUCAUCUGCACUUGAAGAUGUAGAUGUUGCAAACAAGAAUCUUCUUUCUUCCAUCGAUCAUUCAUUACAACUUGACCAUGAAGCAUGUGGAAAUCUUGAUUCCAUGAUUGUUCCUUGUUGUGGGGAUUUGAGGGAACUGAAUAGCGGUCACUACCACAAGAUUGUGGAGAUCACGGAGAACGCAGGGAAAUGUCUUCUGGAUGAGUAUGUGCUGGAUGAGCAGUCUUGCUCAACACCCAGGAAGAGGUCAUUCAAUCUACCGAGCAUGGCAUCCAUUGAAGAACUCCGAACCCCUGCUUUUGAUGAGUUGUUGAAGUCGUUUUGGGAAUCAAAAUCAGCAAAGCAAGCAAAUGGGGAUGUAAAGCAUAUUGUAGGGGCAUAUGAAGGUGCUCAAUCCUUCAGAGACUCCAGAGUUCCUCUCACUGCCAUUAAUUAAAGGGAGAAGAAGGGGGAGAGGGAGAGAGAGAGGGGGGAGCAGAACAGGAUGAGAAUAGUAUAGCAGCAAGAAGCAUGCAUGUACAUAAUUAUAAACCUACCUUAUUCAUUAAUUGUUUGUUGACUUCGCCGUGGGCAGAAGGGGGGGAUAAUAUACUAGAUUUUUUUUGGCUUAUUCAUUUUUGUUUUCUCAGGGAGUGGAAGUUCAUCGAAAUUCUCUGUAUAACAACUGCAGUGGUGUGGUGCUUUCUAUUUUCUCUUUCCUUAUUUUUUAAGUGUUUGUAUUAAAAGGUUGUAGUCUUCUUACUGAAACUCCAUUGACAGAGAUAUGAAUAUAUAUCUCUACUUGGAAAGAUUAUAUGAAUUUGCUCAUAUCAAAACA